AUGCUCAAUCGACGGCGAGCGGGAACAGUAACAUCAAACUCCGAAUUUGUCGUUGUAGAACGACGUCUUGCUGCAUUCGCACCGCACCAUCUGCCUGCUCUGCUUGCGGGACUCAAGGCCGAUGAGGGGGAGGAUGUAGUUCCCGCGGAGCUUUCUCUCGCAGAGCGCCCCACACGUCCAAAGUCAAAGUCAACGCAGGUGAUUCUCCUUCUUUGCUUGAAUAUUGGCAGUGACCCACCGGACUACCCACGGAUCGAGCCGUGCUCGCGACUGGAGUGCUGGAUUGACCCACACGUGGCGCAGAUUUCCCGAUUUUCUUCAGAGGGCGGCGCUGACUCCAUCGCGGAAAGAUUGGAGCGGCAGUACCGCGCCCAACAGCGGGACGCCACCUUCAAGCGGGCGGUGGAUGCGCAUUUGGAGGAGGCCAAACAUCUCAUGAUGACGUUCCGCCGGAAGGCUGACAAUGGUAGGGUGUUGUUGCACUACAAUGGGCAUGGCAUGCCCCGAGCGACGGACUAUGGUGAGAUUUGGUUUUUUGACAAGGACCGAACGCACUACGUGCCUAUGAACAUUGUGGAAAUAUCACGGCUGAUAGACUCGCCCACGCUCUUCGUUUUUGAUUGCAACUCUGCCGGCUCUAUCCUGCAACACUGGUACAAGCAACGUCUGCAUCAAAUCCGGCCCCAUGACAUAUUUUUUUGUGCAUGUAGUGCGGGAAGUUUUCUUCCGCUGAAUCCGCAACUUCCAGCUGAUGUUUUGACUUCCUGUCUUACGACGCCACUGCAAAUGGCGCUAGAAUGGUAUAUUAAUUUUUCGCAUCGUAGGCAUUUGCUACCAAAUGUGACAGCCGAAAUGAUACACAACGUACCAGGCGAACUCUCCGAACGAAAAUCGCCUCUAGGAGAACUUUAUUGGAUUCUUAUUGCUGUGACUGACACCGUUGCAUGGUGUACGACGCCUCCGGCUCAGUUUUACAAGUUGUUUAGGCAGGAUACAAUGACCAAAGCCCUUUUUAGAAGUUUUUUAUUGGCAGAUCGUAUCUUGCGUGAAGUGGGAUGUGUUCCUGUGGCACAUCCCCCCAUUGCAUCACAGGCGCAUUUGCAUCAUAUCUGGGAUCUCUGGGAGUACACCUUGGAGCAAGUCGUUUGCCAAUUACCGGAGCUUCUGACCUCGGAGCUCACGGUGAACCCAAGCUACACCUACAAGUCCUCCACCUUUUUUGUAGAUCAGUUAAUGGCCUUUAAAGUAUGGGUGGAAUCUGGAGAUUUGCGAGAGCAACCUGAAGAACUUCCAAGUGUCCUUUUGGCUCUCACGCAGAUUUCCUACCGAGUACAGGCACUAACACUGCUGGUGCGCUACUUGGAUUCGGGCGUAAGUGCCGGAAGACGUGCGAUUUUCUGUGGGAUAUUGCCGUACGCCAGCAAACUUCUUGUCCAGACACCCGAGGUGUUUUUAAUUGUGAGUGUUUUAUGGAUGCAGUUGACUCGAGCCUCCACCCGUGAAGGAACGGAGGAACUGCUUCAAUCACGAUUAGAAAAGUAUUUUAUUCGUGUUUUGCAAUUGGAUGAAAAGAACACAAACGUGGUAACUGUAGGAGAUGAUGAGACGGCGACAACUUCUUUGAGUGACGGUAAUUGUUGUUCUUCCAAUAAUGCAACAAAGCUAUUGAUGGUUUUCCCUGAGAGUGGAACAGGCCCUGCAGCCGUGUCUAACGGGGAUACAAAGUAUUACCUUAUGAAGGAGCUGGAUUUACAUCGAUGUAAAGCGAUGGCUUGCUACGUGCUCUGUCAAUGGAUGAAAUGCGGAGGUGAGCAGCAGUACGUGGCAUGUUGGAAUAAUCAAUUGUUAAAUGCUGCCUUUUCUCUUUUGGAGUCGCCGAAUGCUGAGGUUCGUUCUUGGUCCUGCUUAGUGCUUGCCCAGCUAUUUUUGGGCCUGAGGCAUGCAAAGGAAUUUGCCUCCAUGGAAUGCACUACUCGCUUGGACCUUUUCACGUAUCUGCUACAGGAUAAAUCUCCCAUCGUGCGCAGCUCCUGUGUAACGUUGUUAGCAUCUCUAGUGGGGGUUCAGGUUGACGCACUCUCUGUGGAGUCCCAGAUCCGCCGUGUACAGAUGGAAAAAUCACUGCUUAUUAAACUUCGAGGCUUUAUUUUUGAAGCGAGUAUGAGUGUUCGCGAGGAGUUGAUAUUUUUUGCUUGUCAGGUGCUGUUUCACUAUGGGAGCUUGUUGUCUACAUUGCAGUCCAACACCUCUGCAACUCGAUACAUGGAUUACAUUCAGGAGGUUGGUAAGUACUCCCCAAAGUGGAUGGUGGAUGAGCUGGAUGUGCAGGUCACGUCGCAGUUAAAUGCCUCACGACCCACAAGCAACACUCGUUUUGUGCAGGCUGUGAUGUUUACGACAGAAUUUCUCUCAAGAGAUGACCCCGCCCCCUCUGCCUCGGGGUUCUGUCGGGACACCAUUGACCCCAAGGUGUUGAAGGUGCUCUGCGAGAUGGUCCAUGAUGCGGCGUUGAUGUUGUACACACUUUACCACACCUGCGACACAAAUAAGGUGGUGGAGGCUAUAAAAGCGCUGACGUCUCAACAGCCACCGCAAUUGCAUCGGCUUGAAAAUGAGUCUCUGCGAAGCAUGUCUCGUGUUGUCUCAACCGACUCCUCACAUUUUUUGUCCGAGGCGGAUCGAGCACGUUCAACAAGGAAUGCCGAUAACAUGCGGCAGUUGGUGCUGGAAAUGCAGGACCGAAGACUGGAACCAAGGGCUGACCUUGGUAAUAAAAACAGAUCCUCAAAGGCGGAGGAUAAUGGGACGUAUAGAGGAAACGGUGCCGUCUCCACUUCGGCCAUCACGCGCCAUCAGGUGUUGCCAAGCCUGAUUUCUGGAGAUCAAAUUAUCUCAGCCACCUUCCGUGCCUUGGAACCUAAUAUGGUUUUAGCUACCAAGAAUAGACAUAUUUACCACACCUCAUAUGAGACUUAUAGUACCCAAACACGCAUCUAUGGGUUUGCUGUUUCUCUGCUUUCUCCGUUACAAGAUGUGUUGGUGAUUAAUGACUUGUCUGAGCAGGCUGGGUUGCUACUUGUAACCAAGGAAGGAGGUUUUAGUCUUAUUAAAGGGUGUUGGGGAGAGGGACAUGGAGUGCCAACCGAGGUUGCCGCAUUUUCUGCGUGUUCACCAAGGGGUUUUGUGGACAUCAAGUCUGUCUAUCGGUCUUACAAUGCUAAUCUCUUGUACGGAGGAUCGAUUGGUAGCAAUGGUGGUACUGAGAUUCACGUGCUUUCCUUGGAUGAGGAACAAGUCAUUCAACGAUUAAGGGUUUCUGGGGAUCCUACGCUUACCUCAUUGACAGCAAACACAACAACGCGGGCAAUUUUUGCGGGGUGCUCAGAUGGUGCAGUUCGCUAUUAUGACGAUCGCCAGAAACAAGGGUUUCUCGGCGUUGUAGGUAUGUUUAACUGUAAAGGGGUUUUGUCCUCGGUUUCCUUCCCCACUGCCGCCGCCUCUGCUGAUGCCGUUGUUGGCGCAGGACCCGUGGAAACAGGAGCCGGGGUCUUGAUGGUUGCCGCAGCAACUCGCAGUGCUGUGUAUAUCUACGACAGCCGAAAAUUCACCGAACCUUCGCUUGUGGUGGAUAUUUUUUCGCUUUGUGGCGGUCAUGGCGGGUGGCCUUCUGUGAGUAGAUCGUCUUCUAUUUUGGCCUUUGCGACAGGCGUGCACACAGGGUUGUUGGGAGCUCUUCUCUCCGAUGGCACCUAUCUUGCCAUGAAUGCGCGGGGGCGAGCACUGUUGGAGAAACCAAUCAAAGUUUCGAACACGCAGGGGCCACCGUUGCCAGGAAGCUGUGUAGUGCAUCCAUUGCGGCCCUUUAUGUCGGUGGGAGGGGAGAUCAUGUACAUGCAUUGA